UUCUCAUCGUCCAUCUCUAUUCAUCUACAUCCACGACGCUUAAAACAACUGCCAUUCCGCUCUGCGCUGUUGCGCCCGCGAGAGGCCCAAUACCUUUUUAUUUAAGGUUCGGGUUCUCUUCCCCCACCUGCCUUACCUUCCCAGUCUGUCGGUCGUCUCGUGCUCUUUCCCUCAGUCGCGCAUGCUUCGACGCCUCAACAUUGUCGCUAGUAGUGCCGCUUCUGUUGCCGUCGCCGUCGCCGUUCUGCGGGCAGAUCGGGAUUCCACCUACCGAAUCAGCGCACUGCGUCGCUGCGCUCGACGCAUCGAAUCCUAAUCCCACAAUGGCCGACGAAGGGGUCGCGAGCCACUACCAAGUGCUGGAAGAACUCGGACGCGGCAGUUUCGGCGUCGUAUAUAAGGCCAUCGAGAAGGCCACGGGCGAGACAGUCGCAAUUAAACAUAUUGACCUCGAGUCAAGCGAAGACGACAUCCAAGAAAUCCAACAAGAGAUCUCGGUGCUCAGCACAUGCGCCAGCUCCUUUGUCACAAAAUACAAAGCCAGCUUUCUGCGCGGUCACAAGCUAUGGAUCGUCAUGGAGUAUUUGGGCGGUGGCUCCUGUCUUGAUCUCUUAAAACCAGGAGUCUUCAACGAAGUGCAUAUUGCCAUCAUCUGCCGCGAGCUCUUGUUCGGUCUCGAAUAUCUGCACACCGAGGGCAAGAUUCACCGCGACAUCAAGGCUGCUAAUGUGCUGCUGUCCGAGUCUGGCAAGGUCAAGCUCGCGGAUUUUGGAGUGGCCGCACAGUUGACGUACAUGAAGUCGCAAAGAAACACAUUUGUGGGCACCCCCUUCUGGAUGGCCCCCGAGGUCAUCCAGCAAGCCGGCUACGACUUCAAGGCCGACAUUUGGUCGCUGGGUAUCACCGCCAUCGAGCUGGCGCUUGGCGAGCCUCCCCACGCCAACACACAUCCCAUGAAAGUCCUCUUCCAGAUUCCAAAGAACCCGCCUCCAAGACUUGAGGGAAAGUUUAGCAAGGAGUUCAAGGAUUUCGUUUCACAGUGUCUUGUAAAAGAUGCCGACCACCGGCCGACGGCGAGGGAGCUCCUCAAGCACCGCUUCGUGCGAUCGGCGGGCAAGGUAGAGGCGCUGCAGGAGCUCAUCCAGCGCAAGCAGAUGGCCGAUGCCAAGGCGGACCGGGUCAAACUCCCCGUCUUCUACCAGGAAACGCUGCACAAUAUCUCACCAAAGGAUGACUCGGACGAGUGGGUGUUCGACACCGUCAAGUCGACAGUUCUAAAACGGGGUACCGUCCGAUCCCGAAAGCCGUCUCCGACUUUCUCGCUCGAAGAUGGAAUGCGCAAGUUGGAUGUCAAAGACGGACCGCUCCAACCUACGACGCCGGGAACUGUCAGAAGAUCUACUGUUCGCCACCAGCCGUCUGCUGCACACCAUCAGCAGCAGGGUUCGGUGCGUCGCGUCUCCAACGGCUCCCCACGUGCGUCCAUCGCACCCAAGCGCCCGCUCCAGCCGGACAUGUCAUUUGGCAAUUCGGGGUCUACCAUGCGUCUGUUCCGCCGCGUGCCUUCGGAUAGCUCUACCACAGGACAACUGGGCGCCGGCGCCACUCCAGCGGACCCCAAGUCAAACGAAAACCGCCCGCCUCCAGCCUUCCACACGACGCCGGUUGAGGCUACCAGCAAGGAAUCUUCUCUGGGCCGUCGACUCUACAACAGAGUUCUCGAGCCCUCGCUCGACGAGCUACAUGCGCAGACAGCCGGCUCCACUAAGAGGGAGGCGCUGGCCAAGCUGUGCGACGCAUUCGCCAUACUAGACUCGGUGGACCCGGAAGGGGCUUACCACCUUCUCCGCAAUGUCGUCUCGGCCGUAUCCCAGGAUGGCAAGUUAAGCGCCGCCCUGUUGCAGUCGAGCGGCGGUAAUUCAGCGCCAUCCAAGACGCCGCUCGACGGCACACCGCAGGGGACUGUGGUGGUCAAGAGCCGCGCGGCGGCGGCGCUAGUGAGCCCGACGAAGUUGAUUAUGAGUCACGACAAUCCUCACUUGCUUAGCCAUCGCCGCCGCGGUUCAGCGGCCCCCGACGUCUCGUUGGCACCCGCUAGGUCUCCUGAGAAGGAGAGAGACCGCGAGAAGAUGGCCAUGGAGGCGAAAUACCCCGGCCGGCCGGCCGUUCCUGGAAUGGAGCACUGCAAGGCCCUCUCGGACCUCCUCUACGCCCGGUGGACUGACGGCCUGCGCCAUCGCUGGGGCGGCGCCGUGGCGGGCGCGUGAGCCUGUCAGUUCUGGCAGAAAUGGGAAGAAUAAUGAGGAAGAAGAGGCAUCCCGUGCCUAGGAUGACGUUGUCGAGCCGUCGUCUCUCAACAAGGCAGAGAAGUGGCACGCAUUCGACGCGGACUCGUAGAGAGUUGUUCGAGGUGUCCUGCCUAUAUUUGAGGGUCACGAAGUAGGCGCUUGAUGAAAAAGUGUGUGUGUGAGUUUGUGGGUCUAGAUGUAAUUGUUGCAGCGGUUGCUGGCGUUUCUGCUGUAGUCGUU